CUUUAAUAAAGCAUUAAUUGUUGCUUGAGCAGUCACAUAAAUGUGCAGCGCUGACCUUAGACGUUGACACCACUGACACUAUAGCGCAGAUGGCACAGAGAUCGCAAUCAUCAACAGCGACUGCGUGGGCGUCACCGUUGGCAUAGCAACAACCGUCUUGCAAACAAAACAAAAUCGGCGGCCGUCGCGACGGCAUCAAAACUCACAAGCGCUGGACUCGCGGCAAGAGAGAUCGCCGAACCACGGCCUUUAUGUUUUCAGUUUUGUUUCAAUGUAAAUUAAAAUUUUGCUAUCAGUUGUACAGGUGCGGUGAAUGGGUGAUGACCAUACAGUUUGUAAUGACCGACAUUUUAGCCUUAAUUUGAAACUCUCUACCCAGCUCGCCGUUUUCAAAUGUCGGUUUCGUUGUGAUUUCACUGUAUUUUGCCAUCGGAAUUUCGUCGGCGGAAGAAAUGAGAUAAGCCUUGCGACAUAGAUGACCUUACUGUGAUAGAACUACUUAACUAAACAAUUUUGAAAGGAUGCAGUUGUUAGUAUAAUCCCGAAGCUUGUCCCGUCAAAAUGGCCAACGAACAAAAAAACAACGCAAACCAAGUGAUCAAAUUAGUGAUUGAAGUGAUCGGGUUUCUUUUGUAUUCUUUGGCAUUGAUUAUAGUGGCUGUAUACAAAACGUGCCUACCUUCGGCUUAUCAAUAUAGAAAAAAUAUUACCGGUGAUAUUGCGCUUGUGACAGGGGGCGGAGGAGGGCUAGGACGUUUGUUGGCCCUUAGGUUGGCCAAAUUAGGAGCUACUGUUGUGUUAUGGGAUGUUAAUGUUAAAGGUGUAGAAGAAACCGUAGGUUUAGUUAAGGGCAUAGGCGGGAAAGCUUAUGGAUACAAAUGUGAUUUAUCUGAUAAAGAAGAUGUAUACAGGGUAGCGAAAAAGACGCAACAAGAAGUUGGAGAUGUAACAAUUUUACUAAAUAAUGCGGGAGUCGUGUCAGGCCAGUCGUUACUAGACACGCCAGAUAUUUUAAUAAAACGUACAUUUGAUGUGAAUGUAAUUGCUCAUUUUUGGACUGUGAAAGCUUUCUUGCCAAAAAUGAUAGAAAAGGACCACGGCCAUAUUGUUACCAUAGCCUCUCUUGCCGGCCAUCUUGGCGUGAACAAACUCGUCGAUUAUUGCUCCUCGAAAUACGCUGCCGUGGGUUUCGAUGAAGCCCUCAAGGCAGAACUGGACGCACAAGGCGUCAAAGGAGUAAAGACUACAGUGAUUUGUCCCUAUUUCAUUCAACAAACUGGGAUGUUUGACAACGUUAACUCGAAAUUUUUCCCCAAAUUGAAAGCCAACGACGUAGCCGAUAAGACGAUCGAAGCAUUGAGGAAAGAAUACAAUGUUGUUAUCUUGCCUGGUUAUUUGAGGUGGCUCUUGCCAUUGAAACUAAUUAUGCCAUGGUCUGUCGUGUCGAAUUUUUUGAACAAUAUGUUACCAGAUGCCUCACCACAUCACCAACCCACACCGAUAGUACAAAUCGAGGAAUCAGAAGAAUCUUUGCCUCACAAAAUCGUUAAUAGUGUCAGUGCCUCAGUUUCACAAACUAAACCUAGUUUAGAUAAACAAGGGAAAGACCUGUAAACACAUUAUUUGAUAAGAC